AUAUAGCGGGUUGCCACUGCCCCCAUACACCGCCAGGUAACCCUAAGAAAUCCUUCCACUUCACACCGAAACGAUUCACUUCCCAAAACCCACGACAACGCCGAAAGAAGACAUCGGCAGACAACAAACACAACCAAACAGUGAAAACACAAAGAAAAAACUAUUAUGAGUUCUCCGACGCACGCAACGGCGAUAACGGUGCAGCCUUCGUCGCCGCGGUUCCCGUCGAGCGGGACGCCAACGGCAGGGGCGCAGCGGAAGAUCGGGAUAGCCGUCGAUCUGAGCGACGAGAGCGCCUUCGCGGUGAAAUGGGCGGUCCAGAACUAUCUGCGGCCCGGGGACGCUGUGAUCCUGGUGCACGUGCGGCCUACGAGCGUCCUCUACGGCGCGGACUGGGGCGCCAUCGACGUGGCGGUGGCGGAGGACGAGCUGUCCCAGCAGAAGCUGGAGCACGAAUUCGACGCUUUCACGUCCACCAAGGCCAACGACCUGGCGCAGCCUCUGGUGGAGGCUCAAAUUCCCUUCAAGAUCCACAUCGUCAAGGACCACGACAUGAAGGAGCGCCUCUGCCUCGAGGUGGAGCGCCUAGGGUUGAGCACUGUCAUCAUGGGCAGCCGCGGCUUCGGCGCCUCCCGCCGCGCCACCAAGGCCCGGCUCGGCAGCGUCAGCGACUACUGCGUGCACCACUGCGUCUGCCCCGUCGUCGUCGUUCGCUUCCCCGACGAGAAGGAUGUAGAAAAGGCUGUUCUGGAGGAGGAGCUGGAGUACCAUGACGCGUUGGAUUAGCAAACUGCUUCCAUGCCUCGCAGAUGUGGAUAAGGCCUCAUGAGUAUAGAUGGUGGGAAUGCCAAAUGUUUGAAAGUUCAUGUCUUUGGUACUGCUCUCUGUUUCUGCACCGUUUCACUGCCUUGUAUAUCUAUUAAGUUUUGGAAUGAUGCAUUUGACUGAUGAACUCUUUCUUGUGCUUUUAGGUCUUUGAAUGUGAUAGCCUUUUCUUGUUAAUAUAAAAUUUUCUGUCUGGAGGCAUUUCACUGGUUGCAACCACAA